AUGGAAGCUUCACCCCUGACCCAGCAGAGUCGACCUGAGUCCUUCAAGCCUAAGAUUGUGCAGCUCUAUGAGAACCUCUUCAAAACCCAGACUCAGCUGUUAUUUACUCGUGCUAUCCGCGAGGCAGCCGCAGGGGUCGCUCCGGCGGAUUCUUAUGCAUUGGAUACCUUGACAAUUUUCUUGACCAGCAUCCUGAGCAAGAAGUACACAAACCCCAGCUCAGAUGUCAUCACUGUUCUUGCAGGACUCCACGAAGUGGACCAUGUCAUCUCCCACUUUGUGGCCGUCUUAGAUGGGAUUAUCCGCAAUGGCAGCAGGUUCGAUGUGCGACUCAAAGCUAUCAGGACGGCCGUUGCAAUGACCAGCGGGGCCUACAAAACCAGCCUGGUAUCCUAUCUCACGCACAGAGAUCUUUUCCCAUCGCUUAUGAAGUAUGUUUCCGAAUCUGAUACCUCAAUGCAAGUCUUCGACCCAUUUCUGCUUUUGGGAUUAUUGGCAAACUACAACAAAUUCGAGUUUCAAAAUCCCUACCAGCUCCGGCUUGACGACUUUGUCAACGAGUCAAGCAUUCAAAAGAUUGCCAAGGGCGUUGGUCUUGCCUGUGGCGGCCUGCGCAACGGCUACAUUGCCGUACAGGAUGACAUCCCAGAGGGUUGGAACUUGACCAAUACAUUGAUCUUCUUUGGAUUGCGAGCCUUCGCACCCGGUGCUAGAGAAAAGGCUAACCCACCUACCGCGGAAGAAGCGAAAGCAAUUUUCGCAGAACUUCCUGCCCAAGAAGCCGCAAUUCUCAUGGCAACAUACGACUUCACAAACGCCAACAAGCUAUUCGGCUAUCAUCUCGUUCAUUCGAAAUCCGAGAAUAAUGAGGAAGAAUCUCCAUUCUCCAGCUUCCUCUCAUUGACCUCAUAUCUUUUACAACAUGCAUACCGAUCCCCACGGGUUGGACACUACGCUGAGCUUACCCUGUUCACUCUCCGCAUAUUAGUCGAGGACCCAAUCAUCUGCAAACACAUCUGCAAUGAAGACGGCAAGCGGAAAGUCCGCAUCUGCAGACAGAAGCAGCCCUACCUCCCUGUAGUCAGCGGAGACAGAGUCCUAGCAACGAUCAUAUUCGACAUCAUGAUCGAUACAAUCACCCACAACCUCCGCCGACGUCUAGACGUCAAUCUCUACAGCCACACAAUCGCAAUAACCCUCCGCCUCCUAACCUACCUAUCCAAAAACAAAAUCAGACUAACAUACCACUGGUCCGAGCUCUGGCGCACCCUGCUCUCCCUAAUGCGCUUCCUCACAACCUACGCGGCAGACCUAACAGUUAACCCAAAGAUCCAAACCCUAACAUCCUCCCUCACUGACCUAAUCGCCUUCUGCGUCUCAGGCGGUGACACCUUCCUCCCAGACCCAUCCUCCUACGACGACCUCUUCUACAAACUCGUCGAAACAGGCCCUAUCAUCUCCAAGUUCCGUGCUGCGUAUGCCCUCACAGGUACAGGUAGUACAUCCAAGGCAGCUGAGCCUGGUGUGGAGCAGCACGUUGCUGCAAUUGAUACACUCCAAUCCGUCUCUACGCAUUUCUACACACUGCUUUUCUAUUCCGAUGGUGAUAAUGCAAAUGCUGCGGCGGCGGCGGCGGCGGCGGCAGCUGCUGCAGCAAGCCCGAAACCAGAUGAACCGGCCUCUGUGCCUUUACCUUCUAUCCGCAAGAAGAAUCUCAGUCCGCGUGAGGUCCACCGCAUUAUAAAGCAGGGCUAUGAUACGUUGAGUAUUCAGCCGCCGGAGGGACUGAGUACUUGGGCUAAAUGGCGUGAGGCGGAGUGGAAGAGUGAGCUUAAGCGUGCGGCGAGGUGUGCUGUUGAUGAUGCUAGGCAGCUUGUUGCUUAG